UAGUCUGGCACAGAUUGCUAUCUGAAACGGUUUGGGGAGAUUUUUACGGAAGAUCCAGAAGAAGAAAAAAAAGGGUAUCGAAUUUCUUGAAAAAAAAAAAAAAAAUAAAUAAAUAAAACCAUGGUCCCCCCUCGAAUUGGAGGAAAAAAAUUGGUUGUACUUUUAUACCUAAUUUGCUGGAGUAUUGGCCGACUGUUGGCCCAGGAUUUUGGGGUGUUUGAUCCCAAGCUCUUGUGUUCCCAGCUGAGAAAUGGCACCGUAUUCAAAGAUCCAAGAUAUUGUGAUCGCUCGAUUGAAUGCCGCACCGGUGAGGAGGAGAAAAUAAGCAAAUGUCCUCGCGAUUUGUAUUACGAUCGACAAAGUGGCCAAUGUGUCCAGCCCUCGGCCGUGGAGUGCCUGAACAGUGAACCUUGUUUGUAUUACAAUUGGGAAUUUGUAACCUAUCCGUAUUCCUGUCAGGGCUAUUACUACUGUACCAAUGGCCAUUCUGUGUAUGGCGAAUGUACCCAGGGUUCCCAUUUCAAUCCCCACACCAUUAGCUGUGAGGAGAGCUAUGAGUGCAACAUAACCCUAUAUCCGGAAAGUUAUUGUAACAUGGUGGCCGAUGGUGUGCCCAUCAAGGAUCUGAAGUCUCAGGAUGGUUUUGAAAUUUGCUGGAAUGGUGUAGAAUAUCAUGGAACAUGUCCGGGGGGUCAUGAGUUUGAGGCCUUGACGGGCCGUUGUGUCAGGGACUCACCACCAGAAAAUGGGCCUGAAACCCACUUCGAUCCCAAGGAAUUGUGUGGCCGUUUGCCCAUGGGCACCAGGAUAAAGGAUCCCAGGAGCUGUGAUGUAUAUUUCGAAUGUGGAGAUGGGAUGAUUACUUCCGCCAGCUGUGGAGAUUUGUAUUUUGAUCGCAACAAGGGCAACUGUAAGGAGCCACAGGAAGUGGAAUGUCUGAGUCGACAGCCUUGUGAAAAUAAAAAUGGCAUUUUCUCGGCAGAUCCCUACUCCUGCCAGGGAUUUUACUACUGUGACCAAGGCAUGGGCCUGCAGUUCGAAUGCAAGGAUAACAGUAGCUUCAAUCCCCAAACGAAACUCUGUGACGGACAAUACCAAUGUGCAGUAAAUUUAUAUCCUGAUGAUCUGUGCAACCUCGUUGGUGAGGGGGUUGGUAUUCAGGAUCCCAACGAUCCGGCAGCCUAUCAAAAAUGCCUGGGAAAUGUUUUGCAAAACUUCACCUGUCCAGAGCAUACAAUUUACGAUGGGCGCUCCGGCGAGUGCAAGGCUCUACCCCAAACACCCAAAUUCAAUCCCUACGACCUCUGCCCCCUCUUGCCCAACGGCACGGCCAUCAAGGAUCCUCGUUAUUGCAACAUUGCCAUAUUGUGCAUGAAUGACACAAGCCUUACCACAUCUUGUGAUCAGUUCUAUUUCGAUUUGGCCAAUGGUUUUUGUGGCCAACCCGAGCUUCUGCCAUGCCUCUCCAGCCAACCAUGUCUGGACAAAGAUAAUGUCCUUGUGGCCGAUCCCUAUUCCUGUCAGUCGUAUUACAAAUGUAAAAAGGGCAUCGGUCAUUACAAGGAGUGCUCGAAGGGUAAACUAUUCAAUCCUGCCAAGGGGGAGUGUAAAAAAGAUUAUGUCUGCAACAUAACCAUGUAUCCGGAGGAUAUGUGUAACAUUGUCCGGGAGGGGGUUAAGAUCAAGGAUCCUUCAACGGAAAAUGGUUAUCAAUUUUGUAAGAACGGUGUUUUGCUGAGUGACACCUGUCCGGAGGGAUUUGUUUACGAUGCAUUUAAGGGGAUGUGCACCAGGGAUGUGGAAAGGCCAGAGGAAACGACAAUAUGGCCGGAAACCAGCACAGAGGCCACAAAGGAAACUCCGACAACUGAAGGACCAACAUCUGAAAUUACUCCAGGAACCACUGAAGCACCAGAGGUUACCAACAGCCCUGGAAAUCCAGGCGCGUCGACAACUGAAACGCCCAGCGAAACAACCAAAGAUCCCGAAAUGACGGGGAAACCUGAAACGACGACUUCUGAAAGACCUGAGAUAACCUCUACAAAUUCUCCUGAAAUCACUGAGUCAACCAGCGAGCCACAAACGACAGGAAAACCAGAAACUUCGACAACAGAAAUGCCACCAGAGACCAGCAAGAAACCUGAGACAACAAGGGUGCCUGAAUCGACUGAAAAUCCUGAGACUUCAACACCGGAAAUUCCACCAGGAAGUACCGAAAAUCCUGAGACAACGAGGGAACCUGAAAUGACUGGAAAUCCUGAAACUUCAACACCGGAAACCACACCAGGAAGUACAGAAAAUCCUGAGACAACACCGAAAACUUCGACACCGGAAACCACACCAAGAAGCACCGAGAAACCUGAUACAACCAAAGAACCUGAAACGACUGGAAAUCCUGAAACGUCGACACCGAAAACCACACCAGGAAGUACCGAAAAUCCUGAGACAACACCGGAAACUUCGACACCGGAAACCACACCAGGAAGCACCGAGAAACCUGAGACAACUAGGGAACCUGAUACUACGGGAAACCCCGAAACGUCAACACCUGAAUCCACCCCAGCAACUACUCAGGAACCAGAGGUCACCAAGGAUCCCCAAACGACGGGAAAUCCCGAAACUGAAAUCCCACCAGGAAGCACCGAGAAUCCUGAGACAACGAGGGAACCUGAAACGACGGUAAACCCCGAAACUUCGACACCGGAAACCUCACCAGGAAGUACCGAAAAUCCUGAAACAACACCUGAAACUUCGACUCCGAUAACCACACCAAGAAGCACCGAGAAACCUGAGACAACGAGGGAACCUGAUACGACUGAAACCCCCGAAACUUCGACACCGGAAACCACACCAGGAAGCACCGAGAACCCCGAGACAACGAGGGAACCUGAAACGACUGGAAAUCCUGAAACGACGGGAAACCCUGAAACUUCGACACCGGAAACCACACCAGGAAGCACCGAGAAACCUGAGACAACCAGGGAACCUGAAACGACUGGAAACCCCGAAACUUCAACAGCUGAAUCCACCACAGGAACCACACAAGGACCCGAGGUCACCAAGGAUCCCCAAACGACGGGAAACCCUGAAACUUCGACACCGAAAACCACACCAGGAAGCACCGAGCAACCUCAGACAACCCAGGAGCCAGAAAAUCCUGAAACGUCGGCAUCGACAGAAAUGCCCUCAGAAACGACCACCGCAUCUCAGACCACCUGGCAACCCGAGACGACUGAAAACUCCACAAUCGAAACGACUACGGAAUCUGGAAAUUCCGAAUCAUCAACGCCUUCGGCAACUGAGCCAACUACCCAAGUCACCGAACCAGCUGAAACUACUCCAACUCCCACCACCGAUGCCCCGGAAUCCCAUGAACCAACCAAAAGACCAGAAAAUCCCGAUCCAAUUUUACCCGAAAACCCCAAGGAACGCUUUAAUGCCUCCACCAUUUGCCCUCUGCUCCCACAUGGUACUCGGAUCAAGGAUCCAAAUUAUUGUAAUAUCUAUAUUGAAUGCCAGAAUGAUACAAAUGUUCGGGGUAGCUGUGAUGACCUUUAUUUCGAUGCCAAAACUGGAAAAUGUCAAGACCCUGGCACGGUGCGUUGUCUCUCCAGCCAACCAUGCUUGGAUAAGGAUGGUGUCUUUGUUGCCGAUCCCUAUUCGUGUGAAACCUAUUACUAUUGCUCGCAGGGUGUGGGCAUUCGGGGUAAAUGUAGUUCGGGUAUGUUUUUCAAUCCGGACACGGGCUAUUGUGUUCGGGACUUUUUCUGCCCCAACGGUCCCUAUCCCGAGGAUAUGUGUAACAUUGUGCCGGAUGGCGUGAAUAUCCAGGUUCCCCAGCAAUCCAUGGAGUAUCAGACAUGUUGGGAUUCGAUAUUGUAUAAUAACACCUGUCCGGAAACGUUUGUCUUUGACACUGGCCUGGGUUAUUGCAUCCCCACGGGACCCAUACAGGAUCCCUCGGAUUUGGAUUCCUCAUUUCGUCCCGAUCUCUAUUGUCCCUAUGUGGCCAAUGGUACCCUGAUUAAGGAUCCCCGUUAUUGUGAUACCUAUGUGGAGUGUAUGAAUGACACAUAUAUACCCCAUGCCUGUCGGGUGGGUCUGCAUUUCGAUUUGGAAAGUUUGAGCUGUACCGCUCCCGAUGUGGCCAAUUGUCUGACCAUCAAACCCUGUCGCCACAAACAUAUGGUCAAUGUUGCUGAUCCUCAUUCCUGCAGCCGUUAUUUGUAUUGCUUUAAUGGCAUUGCCAAUCGGGUGCAAUGUCCUCCGGGCCAGAAUUUCAAUCCCGAAACGGGUUUGUGUAACGCCAAUUAUCGCUGUAAGAUUGAGCUUUUCCCCGAUGACACGUGCAACAUAAUUCCCCAGGGGGUGGGUAUUAAAAAAUACAUUGCCGAGGACAAUGGGUAUCAGGUUUGUGUUGACAAAAAUUUGGAAGCCCGUUUCUGUGCCGUUGAAUGGACCUAUGACAUCUUCAGUGGGGAAUGUUUGCCGCCCGUCAUCAAAUGUACCCAAGAUGGCGUGUUUAUAUCCGAUGGCAAUACCUGUGAUGGUUAUUACUAUUGUAUGGCUACCAAGGAGGGUUUCACCAUGAUUUAUGGCCGCUGUCAAACGAAUCGUUUCUUUGAUCCCUCCGAUGGUGGACGUUGUGUGGUGCGUACCAAUAUUGCCUGUCGUCAUGAUCGUUGUGUCACCCUGGGCUAUAAUGGCAUUCAGCUGGCCAAUGUGUUUGGUGAUGGCUGUCGCGGAUUUGCCAUAUGUCAGGAUGGCAAGGAGAUUGGAAGGAAUGUUUGCCCCGCUAAACUUUAUUUCGACGAGGCCAGCCAAAGGUGUGAGUCACACGAAGUCAACUACAGGGCGUGCGAAGUGAUGGGGUAGAAUUAAAAAAAAUGUAAAUAAAUGUAAAAAGAAGAUAUGAAAGAAGAAGAUAUGAAAAUAUAGUUAAAG